CUUUAACAGCAGAUACUCUUCUCCUCCCCGCUAACGUCACCCGCGCAGCCGUGGCGUCCCUCUGGAGCCAACAACAUGGAGUCGGCUCGACUGCACCGCUGAAGCUGAGCGCCUGAGAGCUUUCACUUGAUCUCGCAGAAACGAACGCGGUGUAUUCCUGCAGUAAAGCGGCCGCGUGUACACACACUUCUGCCCCGACACGACAUGGAGAGCUCGGCGUGCAGCAUUCCGUAGAGCGGCGGGGCGGGCAGGCCGUUACGAAGAGGACACCAUGUAGGUGAGUUCAGCAGAUUACACGGUGCACCACCGGAUCAUGGAACCUAACCCAGGUCCUCUUCCCAAUAUGGACCCCCAUGAUCCAUCAUCCAUCCGGGAGCUCUCGGAAUCCCCCUCUCUACUCAGCAACAGCUUGAUGGCUGACUUGUCCCAAGGUGGUGACCUGGAGAGAGAUGAUGAAGAUGUAAACCUCCUCCACAAAAGUGCAUUUUUUGGGAACAGUGAGAGAAAACACAGAUCCUCAGCCUUCUCCUCAUCUCUGACAUGGGACUCAGACUCUGAGAAAGAAACAUUUGACGAAGAGGAACUACAGCACUUUUCUAAUCCUCAUGGCCUUGCUGCUCACAGCCCAGGAAGUCCUACCUGUGAACAGGAGCAGGACAAACUUGACUGUGGAGUUUACCGAACACCUGAAAAACCCAAGAAAAUAGUGUUAGACAAAAACUUGUCUAGUUCUUUGGAUGCUCAAGGUCAAGACAGAGAUGCAUGCAGAGAUCCAGGGAUGGUACAGUCCAGCACUCAACAAUGUGUAGAAAACGAUAAAGCUGGAUGCGUAUCUGAUCAAGUUGGGCCGCUUUUCUCAGACGCAAAACCAAAAGAGGCGUACCAAAAAGAGGAAGAGGAGGAGAAAGAGUUUGAUCAGAAGAUUAAGGAAAUAAAGGGGGUUCCCGAACGAGAUGUAUAUACCUUCCCGGGGGAUUCAGAUCCAGAAAGUCCACCACCAGGUCCCUGGGCACACUGCACCUUUAUCCAGCGUAGGAGAAAGAAGAGAGCCUUACUGAGACCUUUUUCUGGACUAAAUCCCUGGCAGUGCACACCAGGUACAGGCAGGAAGACCAGAGUAAACCCCUCAAGGGCAAAGGAGUGUGAUAAAUAUGUGAAUGAUAAGCAAGGAGUGUUUGAGUUUAAGGAAGAAGAGGAAGAGAAGGUUCAAGGCAAGAAACAGGCACAAGAGGUCAAAGAAGAACUUAGCCAGGAGAUUUUCACUUGUGUCGAAUGUAGCAUAUACUUUAAAAAAGCAGCGCAUCUGAGGGAACACAUGCGAGAACACGGCCACGAUAUUGGGAGAAAGGGACAGCUUGGAGAAGAUAAUUCACGAAGAAGGCGAGCCAAGAAGAGUGGCUUUGAGUGUAUGGAAUGUGGACAGAAUUUCUCUGAUAGGCUGGUGCUGUUGGACCAUCAUAGACACCAUCAGGAGUCACGCCACAAGAUCUUGGAGGAGAUGGGAAAGCUGAAGGAGGGAGGGAAGAGAGCAAGUCGCAGAAAUUCCAGAAAGACAGACUCUAAAGAGUCCUUGGCCAUUUCUGGUCAGUUUGUUUGUCUCAAGUGCAACUAUAGCUCUGAUGUGCCUCAAGAGCUUGCAGAUCACGCCAAGACACAUACUCGAGCCAGGGCUAGUGGGCCCCGUGUCUCACCACGCUUCCAGCAAAAAUCCUGCCGAAAAGGCUGGGCACGGUAUUCUGGUAAUGCCACAUCGACCACAGUGGUUAGUGAUAGAUACCCCACCAGAGCUUCUGUGCAAAUGGGGGGAAGUAAGCCUGAAGUUGACCGUUUGCAGGCAAAAGACUGUGACACACAGAGUGAGAGUAAGACUGAUCUCUUUCCAGGACCUAGACAGAAUCACACAGUAUCUGCAGACCCAGCAGAACCCACAGACAAGCCAGAAUUAGAAAGUGCUCAGACUGAAGCUGCUCCCCUCGCAAAUCCAAGCCUACGGGAGGAGUCUGGGUCUGCUGAGGUUGGGCUUGGAGAAGAGAACGUCUCAAAGCUCCAAUGUCCUGAACCUUUCCUUACAAACACCAAGGCUGAAACACAGCAAAAGGAUGUUGUAUUCAAGAGCACAGGAAAUCGACGCUCAAAACGAGUUGGGAGGCGUGUAAUAGGACGAAGGCGAGCAAGUAGAAGACUGGAGCCCCAGUCUACUGCUACUAGUGAUACAAACCUCAAUAUGCAAAACACUGAGGAGACCACAGAGCUGAGCGAAAAAGCAUCUGUACUUCCAGAUCCAGAGGGGGAUCUAACGCUGGCUAACAAAACAGGUGUGGAAACAUUGGCUCCUGAUUUAGACCACAACGUAUCUCCUCCACCAAAUGUCCCAGAGGACUCCAAAGAAGAGACGAAUGAAGAGAUUCCACCUGACAGUGAAAAGAAUGAAUGUAGCAAAAACACCACUGAUGAAAAAGAGAGUCAUAAUAAUGAUAACAAUGAUAAUGGUGUGAUUGAUGAAAACAUCGAUGAUGAUGAUGAUGAUCAUGAAGAUGUUGAUGACCAUGAAGAAGAAGACGAUGAUGGGAGUGAUGAUCCGAACGAUAACAGCAGUGACAGAGAAGAGAAUGACGAUGUUGUCAACCAUCUUCUUGAUGUCUUAACUGAAGAGGAAGAUGAGGAAGACGAAGAGAGCAUGUUGUUGAAGACUGUAGAAAAGAAAUGUCCCUACUGCCAAGACUGUUUUGAUAAUGGAAUUGGACUGGCCAAUCAUAUUCGGGGUCACCUGAACAGAGUUGGGGUCAGUUACAAGGUUAGACACUUCAUAUCCCCAGAAGAGGUUAAUGCCAUUGAGAAGAAGUUCUCCUACCAAAAAAAGAAGAAAAAAGUUGCUAACUUUGACCCAGCGACCUUCAGUGUGAUGCGCUGUGAGUUCUGCAGCGCUGGCUUUGACACCAGGGCCGGUCUUUCCAGUCAUGCUCGUGCACACCUACGAGACUUUGGCAUCACCAACUGGGAGGUCACUGCUUCGCCCAUUAACGUCCUCCGCGAGCUCUUCUCUAAGCGGCCCGACCUCGCUUUAUCCAUUACCUCUACUUUUAACCCUGAGACACAAGACAAGAAACCAUGUAAAGAAGAAGAGGAGUCCAUGUUAGUAGAUGAUGGAGAAGGUGGAACUUCAGAACCAGUGCUGCAAAUACCUGCAUCUCCAAGUCAGUCUUGGAGAGAGAGCCAGAAUGAAGGUGAAGCGGAUGGUGGGAACAAGAGGGAGGAAGAUGAAAAACUGCAAAUGCAGGAUGAUUUUAACUCCAGCCCAGGUUCAAACAUCUCAGCUGCUGCAGAAGAGGCAGAGACAAAAGGCUCCGGUUUGUUGAAGUGUGAGGUCUGCUGUGCCUUGUUUGAGACACGGCGAGGUCUAUCUAGCCAUGCUCGCUCUCAUCUGCGCCAGCUAGGUGUGGGCGUGUCUGAAAGCAGUGGUGCACCUAUAGAUCUCCUCUACCGGAUAACCAAGGAGCGGGCCUCUGACUCCCACUUAUCCGCUUCACCCCCAUCCCACUCAUCAACACCAUCACCCAAAACCACUGACCAUCAUGCUUUCUGCGUUCCUGUGCCAAGCCCCAGUGGGAGUGCAGAGUUUGAAGAUGAACAAGAAGACAUUAAGCCCCUCUCACUUCAGCAUAAUGUAGCGAAAUCUCCCCCUUCCCCAAGUAGCCCCUCACCAUCUGGCUUGCAGCCAUCCUCUCCAUUUGGGAGGUCUCCAUCCCCCUGUCAUUCUCUGUCUGCUUCUCCAUCCCCAGUGCUGAGGAAGGCCCCAAUCUCCUCAUUGCUGCCUGUGUCUUCCCCACUGCGCUCCCAUGAGCACAGGACUAUAUCAAGGGCUCACAAUUCAGCCUUGUCCACUGCCCCAUCUCGACCACUCUGGGCAUCACAAGAAACAGAGGCUCCCCUCAAUCUCACAAUGGAUAUGGAUUCAAAUACAGACAUCAUAUGCAAGUUAUGCGGUGCCUGGUUUGAAACACGCAAAGGCCUCUCGAGUCAUGCCCGAGCCCACCUGCGUCACUUUGGGGUGGAAUACUCCGAGUCCAAGGGGUCCCCCAUCGACCUGCUCAACACACUCAUCCUCACUGAUGACUUCAAGCGCAGAGCUACCUCGUUCCGCUCUGACAGCCCAGAGGACCUGAGAGUCCAUGGACAUAAUGUUGCUCCCCCCUCACCCUCCACGUCCACACCUAACUCUGCUUCCAAGAGGCCCUUCCUCUCCAACUCUGUCCUAUUAAAGAACACAUCAUUAAAAAGUGGUGUUGGUUCCAAAGCUACCUCCUCAUCUUCUUCUUCCUCCACCCACACCUUGCUCAGCCCACCCACCAAGAAGCUGAAACAUUCACAGCAGGUCUUCCGUAUGAGUGGCAGGGAGCUGAUGUCCAUUCCUCUAGCUGAGCCAAUGAAAGAUGUGUGUUGUGAAUUUUGUGGUGAACUUUUUGAGAACCGCAAAGGCCUUUCCAGCCAUGCCCGUUCCCACUUGCGUCAGCUAGGCAUCACUGAGUGGUCGGUGAAUGGCUCGCCCAUCGACACACUACGAGACCUCAUAACUCGCAGAGGCUUGCCAUGUGUCAUGCCUCUGAAACCCUUGAAAUCAUCCCCAUCCUCUCCAAGCCCAGGACCCCCUCGGACCUUACACCAGUAUUCUUCCUCACACGGAGGUGCCCAUGGCCGUCAGUCUUUCUCUUUCAGUCAGCACCAGCCUGCAAAGAUGGCAGUAUCAGCACCUGUCACCAGCACCUCCCCAACAGUGCUAAUGGUUAAGCCCAAACCAGAACCUGAGCAAGUGGAAGUUACUGUGAUUGGAGGAGGACGUGAAGGUUAUAGUUCUGAGUCAAUGCAUCCAAGCUGGAUGAGUUCAGAUAAUGCACAUCCCAUCAACCUGUUAAUGACUCAAGAGAGAGAACCAUCCCGUGAUAUCCGUUGCGAGUACUGUGGUGAGUUUUUUGAGAACCGCAAAGGCCUCUCCAGCCAUGCCCGCUCACACUUACGCCACAUGGGCAUCACUGAGUGGUCUGUCAAUGGCUCACCCAUCGACACGCUGUGGGAGAUUAUGAGGAAUCAGGGCACCACACCAGCAUCUGUUGUGCUAGGUGUAAAAGAGGAACCAGAGCAGGAAAGCACUUCACCCUGGGACAGUCACGGGUAUCAGUCAUCGCGAGUCUCCCCUAAGGCACCCAUUAAUAUUCUCCACUCCAGCUCACGCCUCCAUAAGCCUCCAUUUGGGUCCACAGGGCUGUCAACUACCGUUCCAGCAGGGAAGUUUCUUGGUAUGAAGCCCAGUGGGAAGAGGUUGCUGGGAACCGAAAGACACCUUACACAAAGGUCUCCUCCAGCUCAGUCAAAAAACUUCUCAUCUGCACCACAGGAUUUCUCUUUUAAAGGAAAAAUGUCGACAGACAAGUAUGGGGUAGGCCGCAUGGACGCCAGCUGUGAGUUGUGCGGCUUUUGCUUUGAGAACCGGAAGGCUUUAGCCAGCCAUGCUCGGGCUCAUUUACGACAGUUUGGCGUGACUGAGUGGUCAGUGAACGGUUCACCGAUUGAAACACUGAGUGCCUGGAUGCGCAGCAGGCCACAAACAGUGGCUGAGCUGCACCGUAGCUACCUAUCAGACGGGCACGUUGUCCAAAAGAAGAAGCAGUCAGCCACCCAGUGGGCAUCUCUAACACUGUCCCAGGGAAGGACUGUUGAACGGCAGAUCAUGAACAGCUCGUGGAGUUCAUUAUCACGGGCAGUAGAGGUAAAAAAUGGAAAUGGCACCUCUUUUCACCAUGGCAUGAGUACCCAGGAUAGGGGUCAUCACUCUAGCAGUGCAGUUCCACAUGCGCAAGUGGCUCGGAGUGAACUUAAUGUCCGCGUGACAAGAGGAAUUGAGCGACGGCCCCUGAAACAUCCAUCACAUGCUGAUGGAGGGGAGAGAGAAAGCUGUCCUCCCAAACCACCUCGCUCUAGUACUGUUCCUGCCCUCGUGCCAAAGCCCCCUUCCACCCCUCUGGUCAAACUUGUGGGUAAAAUCUACUCCCUAAAGUGCCGGUUUUGUGAUGUGGAGUUUCACGGGCCCCUGUCAGUGCAGGAGGACUGGAUCAGGCACCUGCAGCAGCACAUUUUGAAACUAGACUACAACAAGCCAGCUCCCAACGCAAUUAACACUCCAGCCAAAUCUGACAUGGCUGUUCCUGAAAGGCAAGCCUCAGCUACUACCUCCACGUCUAUCACUACUACAGCUACUACAGCUCCAACUCCCAGCUCAGCCACGAGUCUUAACUCUACAUCUGUAUCUACACCAUGCAAACCAGUCUCUACUCCACAACCCACUUCAACCCCGACCUUGACAGCUCUCACACUGACCAGCCCUCGAAUUCCAACCAAGGCUGAGCAGGAAGUUGAUACUCCUGCCACAUAAUGCUUUUGUCUUAUGCAUUUCUUUUCAUUUUUCUUCAUUCUCUUUGUACUUCCUUUUGUUAUUAAAAAAAACCCCCAAGGGUUUCGGAAGAGCAUUGCUUACUACCUGUUCAUUUUAACCCAGUUGACAACAUAAGGAGAGUUGAGAUUGAGAUCGGACUGUUUGGGCUUUUGCUGGCCAACAAAAGAUGUUCAAAUUCAUACACUUUAGAUGCUAUUUGUGUGUGUAAUGACAUAUUACCAGGUCAGUGGUGCUUCUGAACGUAUCUGAAUAUGUAGUGUAACUAACUUGCUGACUGCAUCCUUCUUUUAGCUUAGUGUAUAGAACAUGUUUUUAUUUGUACUGGAUGACUACCUAGUAGUUGCUAACGAGAGGCACAAAAGUAUAAACCAAUUUUUUGUGUCCAUCCAAAAUUAUUGUAGCACUUUCUUUUAAUGCCUUUAUUUUCCAAAGCACUUACACACUAAGCCUUUAACCCUCUCAAAAUAAGCUUGUCAAGUCAGACACCUAACACAGUUGUGCCAUAAUGAAAUAUGAGCUGUUUGUGCUGACAUGCCCUUACUCAAAUUAUUUUACAAUGCACCUUACAUGAUCUCAUUUGGAAUGAGACCUAAUGUAGGUCAAUUCUGCUAGUUUCCACACUAAAUAUGACUGUUUUCUCUUUUUUUUUUCUUGUUACAUUUUUCAUGUUUUUAGCACGACAAAAAAAGGAACUUUUUUUUCUCUUUUUGUUCAUAAAGGUUUAAUUAAGCUAAUAAAUACUGUACAUUCAUUUGUGUUUAAAGUAACCGUGAUUAGAAAAAAAAUGCUAAUUAGUAUCAUACCAUGUCUUUUUAAAUGUUCUGACUACUAUUUGUUGGCUGGGUUCCUAAAGGCCGGAACAUUACUGUUGGUACUGCAGAAAGUUGGCAAGGUACCUGCACAAGCAAAGCUUAAUGGUUAGAAAAUGUCAGUGUGCUUAAAUGUAAAGUGAAGCCUAGUUUGCUAUUUGCACAUUAGCUUACUGCACCCACUCUUUAAUCUGUUGCCCCCCCUUUGUUUUGUUUUUUUAAGGAAACUGCCCUGGAUUCACAGAAUGGAAAGUUGGCCUGAACUUGGGUUAAUUAAUGUAUUUGUUGCCUGCUUUGCUUACAGCCCAAAUCCCUGUGCUAAUAUAUUGCACUUUUGAAUGUGCCCUGUUUUGGAUAGAUGACAAGAAUUUGAAUGUUUGGCAUAUGAGCAAUGAGCACUUUUACUCAAGGCUGGAUAGGGAAGUGUAUGUAAUUGUGUGGGUGUACGUGCAUGGACUUAAAAAAGGUCAUGCGUAUGUCUUUGCCAUAUAGCCGUAAAUCUAGUUUUAAAAAUCGUUUUCUAUAGCACAUUUGUGUCCCUGCCAAGAACUUCACUGCACUGCGUCCAUCAGUCUAUGGCAGAAUGUGCCAAAGAAUCAGUGUGACAUAGGACAGUAUCCUAGACUACAGCCGUCAUGCGAAAGUUCCUGACUGAAUGGAGAGAACAGAUUUUGUCCUCUCGACUGGAGGAAACUGUGGACAGCGGUGACUGAGAAACUCUUAAGUUGUCCUUCUUCGGAUUGUAUUUUACAACCGAGAUAAACUACAUCUGAGAAACCCCACAAAUCUUUGGUAUGCUGGAUCUUAAUCUCUGGACAUUUAUGGUUAUUGCACGAUCAAAGAAGGGACUACUCGGAUACGUCAUGCUUCUGUUAAGGACUGACACAACUAUGUAGCUUCACAUGACUUUAGAUGGUAAUCCAUUUCUACACAGUGAAGCAAUAACAGUAUGGUCACAUGACACAAACUAUGGCGGUAUGGUUCACUACUCAUCGCAUUUCUGUGACUGUUAGACUUGCAGCAUUCCUGUGGAGUAUAUAACUAUAUAUAUAUUACAACUAGUAUCAAUCAUGAAUUAUGAUCUUGAUCAAUUUAUCAUGAGUUUAUUUCAACAAUAAUUCUGUGUUUUUUAUUGCCAUUUGUCUUUCUGUACUUGCAGUCCAAGAUAAGUGAAAUAGAACAAGUGUUAUUUUUUAUUAUUGGUGCUCAUGAUUUUAAUUGGAUAUGAAUGGAUUUUUAAUGUUCAAUGCUUCGAUCAUGAAACUCUCCUUACGUCAUAGGACUUGUCUUGAUGGGAACUUGUAAUGCAGACCUUGAGAUGAACUGCUGUUGGAAAGUGCCAAGCAGUUAUCCCCUGUAAGACUUUCCUCAGCUAGUUUGGACUGGUUACAAGAGAGGUGUGUGUGUGUGUGUGUGUGUGAGAGAGAGAGAGAGAGAGAGAGAGAGAUUAGUGUAAACGUGAGAAAGGUGAGAAUGCUAAGCUGCCAUGGAAGAAUCAUACUGUGCACAAGCAUUAGAACGAU